GAAAGAAGUUCAGUAGAAGUUGAUUGCUGUUGAACGCCUUGACGGUGCACUUGUCACUUGACCACAUUUGACAUUCACUUGUGGAGUCUUCUCUGUAUAGGCCGCAGGUCCGGUCGUAUCAUAUUGCAUAACUAACUUCGUGCCUACAAAAUGGUUGUGUUUCGUUUGUGUAACAGUGUCCCGCGUAUCGUGAAGCAGGUGCACAUGCGACCCAUGUCUGCGGCUAUGUCUACGGACAAGACUGUGAUAGCAACUGAUCACGGUGACAAGGGAGUAAUUACUUUGAAUCGGCCAAAAGCGCUCAAUGCAAUUAAUCUGGAUAUGGUCAGGCAAAUCUACGGACAUUUAAAAAGAUGGGAGGAUACGAAAAGUGCGGUAAUCAUCAAAGGAGUUGGCGACAAGAGCUUUUGUGCGGGUGGGGACGUUCGUGCCGUGGUCGAGGCCGGCCCUACUGAAGAAUCGAAAGCAUUUUUCCGGGAGGAGUAUACCCUUAACGCUCUGAUCGGCAAUUACAAGAUCCCAUACAUCGCUUUGAUCGAUGGCAUUACCAUGGGAGGUGGAGUUGGUCUCUCGGUACAUGGUAAGUAUCGCGUCGCGACUGAGAGGACCAUGUUCGCAAUGCCUGAAACGCAAAUAGGCUUGUUCCCCGAUGUGGGCGGCUCCUACUUUUUACCGCGACUGACGGGCAAAUUAGGCCUGUAUCUAGGUCUGACUGGAUUCCGACUGAAAGGCGAAGAUGUCACGAAAGCCGGGAUAGCCACUCAUUACUGCAACAGCGACCAACUAGAUAAACUAGAAGAAGCACUUCUUUCCAGUUCCAAGGACGACAUUCGCCAGGUUCUAGACAAAUUCAAUAGUUGCUCUUCCAAUGAAUUCGUUCUGGCAAAAGACAUGGAUCAGAUCAACAAGCAUUUCGACAAAGCAGGUGUCGACGAUAUAUUCGAAAGUCUUCAGGGAGAGGAAAAUGCUUGGACUCAAAAAACGUUGCAGACACUUCGCAAAAUGUCUCCACGUAGUCUUAAAGUAACACAUCAGCAACUCCUUUUUGGUGCCACACUCUCACUGGUCGACUGUUUGAAAAUGGAAUACCGCAUGGUCGUGCGUUUCCUCGAAGAUAGCGAUUUCAAAGAAGGUGUCCGAGCCCUUCUAAUAGACAAGGACCAAAACCCGAAAUGGGUUCCGCCGCAAGUGGAACAAGUUACGGAGAAUCAAGUCAACUUCUACUUUGGACCACUGCCCGCCGGUGAAGAGUUGAAAUUGUAAUAAUUUUUAACUUUUACCAUAUGUAUUCGUUUUGCCAUAAAUACCAGUCGUGCAUUUAUUAGACUAUAAGUCGCAAUUUGCUAUGAGCAAUUUGAGAUUUAUCUAAGUUGGAAAUUUUUAUUUUCUUACAGACCUGAAGAGAAUGUUGUUAAAAGUAAAUUGUGAUGACUUUUACAAACAAUAAAUUGUGGAUAAUAUAUUAUUUUUAUACCAA